CUCAUCCCGAAAAGCCAACCUUAGACGGUCUCCACGGCGGAGUCCUCUCAUCACUUCUCCCGUCUCAUAAUGGAAACGGAAUUAAAACAGCUGUGGUACGUCCGUCUCCGGUACUUUUCCGCUUUCACCUCGGCAGUAGCGUUUAUCUAACGUGGCUCUCCUCUUCGCUUAAUAACUUCUUCUUUCUUGGUAUUUUGUUUCCCCAGACACGGCUUUUUAUUAUUUUUUAUUAUUUAUUUUUUAGGAAAUAACCAAACCUACGACUUGUAAAUAAAUUGCUCUUGAAGAAGGUCGUGUUUCUUUGGAUGGAGAAAUUUGAAUCGGUGAGUUGUAAUCGAAGAUAAAGCUGUUUAAUAUGAAGCGUGUUUAGUUGCCAACCUGUUCGGGAAAAUUGGAUCGCUUUUCUUUAUUCCGUGUUGAGGAUGGUGAAUGAGCUAAGUUCAAACUGGUUGUGAAGGUGCUGGACUUGUUCCCCCCCAAGCCCCAAGCCGGACACAGCAUGGCGGCGGGAGUAGCGGCAUGGCUUCCCUUUGCCAGGGCGGCAGCGAUCGGCUGGAUGCCUGUGGCCAAUUUGCCCAUGCCAGUUGCUCCCACUGAGAAGAACAAGCGGCAGGAUGAGCUAAUCAUUCUUAAUGUCAGUGGACGGCGCUUCGAGACCUGGAGGAACACGCUGGACCGCUAUCCAGACACCCUGCUGGGGAGCUCGGAAAAGGAGUUCUUCUACAACGAGGAGACCAAAGAGUACUUCUUCGACCGGGACCCAGAUGUGUUCCGCAGCAUUCUCAACUUCUACCGCACAGGCAAGCUCCACUACCCACGCUACGAGUGCAUCUCCUCCUAUGAAGAGGAGCUGGCUUUCUUUGGCAUCAUCCCAGAAAUCAUCGGGGACUGCUGUUAUGAAGAGUAUAAGGAUAGGAAGAGGGAGAAUGCAGAGCGUCUGAUGGAUGACCAGGAGGACAACAAGGAUGCUAAGCUGCCCAACAUGACCUUCAGGGAGACAAUGUGGCGGGCUUUCGAGAACCCCCACACUUCCACUAUGGCCCUUGUCUUCUACUACGUCACUGGCUUCUUCAUAGCUGUCUCCGUCAUCACCAAUGUGGUGGAGACAGUGCCCUGCGGGUCAUCACCCAACCAGAAGGAGGUGCCAUGUGGUGAGCGCUACACCGUAGCCUUUUUCUGCAUGGACACAGCCUGUGUCAUGAUCUUCACCGUGGAGUACCUGAUGCGCUUGUUCGCUGCGCCUAGCCGCUACCGCUUCAUGAGAUCCGUCAUGAGCAUCAUUGAUGUGGUGGCCAUCUUGCCCUACUACAUUGGCCUGGUGAUGACUGACAACGAGGACGUGAGUGGCGCUUUUGUGACACUCCGUGUUUUCCGCGUCUUCCGUAUCUUUAAGUUCUCCCGUCACUCGCAGGGCCUGCGCAUCCUUGGCUACACGCUAAAGAGCUGUGCCUCAGAGCUGGGCUUCCUGCUCUUCUCCCUCACUAUGGCCAUAAUUAUCUUUGCUACCGUCAUGUUCUACGCAGAGAAGGGUUCAAGCUCCAGCAAAUUCACCAGCAUCCCAGCCUCCUUCUGGUACACCAUCGUUACUAUGACAACACUCGGGUAUGGAGACAUGGUUCCAAAGACGAUUGCAGGGAAGAUCUUCGGCUCAAUCUGCUCUCUGAGUGGGGUGCUGGUAAUUGCCCUGCCUGUCCCUGUCAUCGUGUCCAACUUUAGCCGCAUCUAUCACCAGAACCAGAGAGCAGACAAACGGCGGGCGCAGAAGGUACAGAAAGCCCGCUUGGCCAGGAUACGAAUAACCAAGACGGAAGGCUCCAAUGCCUUCCUCCACAGCAAGCGCAACGGCCUGUUCAACGAAGCUCUGGAGUUCACGCAACUUCCAUACAAGAUGAACCUUUCAGAUCAGAAUUCCACUGAAGAGGAGCAGCGGUUAAGCAAGUCUACUUCUCUAUUAGAGAGCCAGCACCACCACCUGCUGCACUGUCUGGAGAAAACCACUAACCACGAGUUUGUGGAUGAGCAGUAUUACCAGCAGAGCUAUCUGGAGGCGGGGCUGCAGAAUUACCCUUCUCGAAGCCCCUCCCUCUCCAGCCAAGAUGGCGUGACAGGCACAUGCUGCAGCCGCCGAAGCAAGAAGCACCACACCCCUUUACCGAAUGCCAGUGCCCCAGCACACAUGCAGCCUUUGACACACACGCACACACACCAACAAGGCUUGCAAGAGCUCAGCACCAUCCACAUCCAGCCCCUCAGCACCAGCCGCUCCAGUCUGAACAUGCGCGUAGACGACCCAGCAUCCCUGAACUGCCAGAGCAGCCAGAUCACCACAGCAAUCAUCAGCAUUCCCACACCGCCAGUGACAACUCCUGAGGGUGAUGCUCAUCUGCCCGCGGCCCCCACCCACCAGAACGUUGUGAAGGUGUCCGCACUGUGAAGACUAGAGUGCAGGCGCAUCACAAAGAAAGACAGAUAAAGACUCAUCGAGACAGACUGAGGGACAGAGGAGGACUGGAAAUGAUGGAGGAGAAGGCAUUUAGAGUCCUAGUCUGGCCAUGGUGGAGCCUGCCCUCUGCUGGUCAUGUACUGUAAUGACAUGGACUCCCUUUACAGACGGAGGAUGGCUUUUAGAUACAGUAUAUUCAUGUUAGUGGUUGGCAUGCAUGUGUGCGCGUAUGCGUGUGUGUGUGUGUGGGGGUGAAAGAAUGGGGAAUAUGCGUAGGGAGUCAUUUUAGAUGAGGAGGCAUGUGAGAGUGUGCCACCCAAGAGUCGGGGGUGUGUUCCCAGAGAAAGUCAUGUGUCACUGUGCACAAAGCACCUUUUUAUGAUUUUCGCUUCAGUUUGACUCUUACGGUCUUUUUUUUAAACAGGAGAUAUAAGGGAAAAGGAAGGAAACUCAAAAAGGAAAAAAUACAUUAUCAAAACAUUUUUUUCCCACUGAUUUAAUGCUGCCCUUCUGUUUUGUGUCAUUUUGGUCACCUGUUGAUAGAUAAAUAUGGCGCCAUUCCUUUUCAGAUCCACUUUACUUGAGUGAAAAUUCUGUUAAAGAUGAAGUAUGGUUGGUGUGUCUGUGAUGGCGUUACCAAUGGGUUUCAUAUUUGUGAAUGAGUAUAUGUACAUUUUUGAUAGAUAGAGGAAUCGUGACGUUUUGGAUAGGAGGUAUGUGUGUGUGUGUGUGUGUGUGUGUGUGUGUGUGUGUGUGUGUGUGUGUGUGUGUGUGUGUGUGUGUGUGUGUGUGUGUGUGUGUGAGAGAGAAUUGUCUCAGUUGACUGAAAGUUUUCAGUUUCCAUUCUUCUGGAAGUCUCUAUGGCUCAGUAUAUGGUAUAUUUGACUAGCUGCCACUCUGAAGGGUUCAUCGUACAUGUUUCUGUCCGAAAUUCUCAGCUACAAGCCUUUUACACGACAUGUGCCUGUUUUGCUGGAGUAAAAAGAGAUAUAUUUGUUUUUAUAGUUUUCUGAAUCCUCCUACCUGUUUUUUUCCCUUUUGGCUGUUGCAGCCCAACAGACCUCAAAUAACUCAAUUCUCUUAACAAAGAAACCAAAAAAAUAAAACAUUUUGAAUUCAAACCACCACAAUUAAAAGCACAAGGCAUUUUGCUGGGAAUUUCUGACAUGAAUCUGUCCUGAGCCCCGGUUCUUUGUGAAUAUUGUUAAUAGAAUAUUUUGUAAUAUUUGACCAUCGUUUGGCAGAACCAGUGAAGCUGUCUUCUCGUUCUCUCUCUCUCUCUCCCUCAGUCUGUCUUUCUCUCUUCCUCUCUGCAUUUCUCUCUGUCUCUCUCGUUCUCUCUCUCUCUCUUCCUCAGUCUGUCUUUCUCUCUUCCUCUCUCUGCAUUUCUCUAUCUCUAUCUCUCUCUCUUUCUCUCUCGUUGUUGUCCUGUUGUAUCCCUACCUCCUGUGUGAACAACAGUAUGCUUUCAGUAGUCUUUAUAGCUGUCAACGUUUUUUCUUCCCCAAACUCAGCGGGCAUUUUUCAAAGUUGUUGAGUAUGUGUACUCUAUGUGGUUAGGAAACUUGGUGUUUGUACUUUUUGUCCUCCUUGAUGUUUCAAAGGAUUUUAUUUACUUUAUCUUCUUGAGAACUUAAAGCAGGGAAGUCUGUUGUAACGGUGACCACAGAGACAUGGAGGACACUGGAUGAGCCAUCCACAGAUCUCUGUCACCAAAAAAACUUGCUAUUCUGUCUGUUCUCUCAACUCACAGCCCCAACAUGUAACUUUAGUAGUACUUACCAUCAAAUCCCAUCAAAGUUGACCUUUGUAGCCAUGGACGCUGACCUUUUUAGCUCUGCUACCCUCCUAGCUGAUUCCUCUCUGUUGGCCUUUUUCAUCUUGAAUGUCAUUCUGAGUCGAACAGCUACACAGACAGUUAGGUCUGUCUCUGGGUAGAUGAGACCAUGCUGGGGUUCCACCAAAGCAGGGCAGAGCAGCUUCAGUCAGAACAGACUAAUCACCCACUUCUGCUUAACAUAGAUGAAAUAAAAUGUUGAUUAAGAGCACACAGACGGGGCUAGAGAUGCACCGAUAUAUCGGCAUACUGUCCAUAUCAGCCAAGAGCAUAUUUCAAAAGCAAUACUAGAAUUGGUCUAAUACUAUGUCUGCCCAUAUGUAGCUGAUUUUAUUUCUGUAGAAAUAGAUUGUAUUUAAAACAGCUGUCAAACUAGCAGCAAAAUGUAUCAGUCUUUUUAGAAAUAUUUAAUUACCUUAAGAUGGAGACAUCUGAAAAGCUUAACCAGUUUUACACAUGCAUUUGUACUUUAAGACUUACAAAAUAAUCACAUAUCACAAUCAUAUCGGCCAAUAUGGGUGGAAAUGUAUAACAUAAUUGGUACCAUAUCAGCGCAUCACUACACAAGACCCAAAGGUCCCUUAGACUCCUCUGUUGAGCUUUAGUUCUCUCUGAUCCUGAGGUUAGUAUCGACCCAAAGAAAGUCAAAAAUAUGCUACAGAGUUAAAACAAGAUGAGUUUUAUGUCUGAUAUUCCUAGCAGUGAUCUAGUACUAUUGCUGGUAAUUUAGUACUGUACCCAGUGACAACAGCUGCCUAGAUCCAGUAUUAGUGUUUAGUCAAAUUGUGCGCAAAUUUACCUGGAGUAAAAAAAAAAGAAGACAAGCACAGACAAGCAGAGCUUUUUCAGUGUAAUUUUAAAAAGUGGGGUUGAAGACAUUGACUUCAUAUUCACAGCAUCAAGUCUGACAUUUAGGAUCUAUUGAAAGCCACAACAAGGGUAUGACAUAGGUAAUGGCAGAAGUGAGGUUCCCUGUAUUAUUUGUUGCUAGGACAGUGAUUAAACGUGAUUUAUUUACUGCUUCCCUGUUUCAGGACAGGUUGUUGUGUCUCAGCUGCACUUUCAAAUGACACAGUUUGAAUUAUUAUGUAAGCAUAUUUCCGCUCAAAGUGUCAAAGGAUUGCAUUUUUUAUCUACAAACAACAAAAACAGAGGUCUGUAAUUGUGUUUCUCUCUCUCUCUCUUUCUCUCUGUUAUGUACUCUCCUUUGAUUGUCUUUUUUCUGGGCUCAGUCAGUUUUCCUCUCACUCUUUGCUUUGCCCUCCUUUGCCACCUGUCAUUGUUGAGACUACUGCUGUGCGUAUCUUGUCAGGUGUUGGAUAUUAUUUAUGACCUUGUCUUGUGUCCCAACUGUGAAACGCCUGAUAAAACAUCUAUAUCUGCCACAAAUACAAAA